UUGCUUUAUGAUCAACUAUCGGGUCUGGCGCUUGGCUGUCAACAAUAAACUUGCGGAGACGGGACGCGGAGCUACGAGGUCGAGGAAAGACUCGUCGAGUGCUCCAUAAACCAGUAGUCAUCCCUGUCCCUCCCCGGAGAACACUUUCAUGUGAAUACAGAGCCCACGGUCGAGGCAACCAUGUCCAAUCUGAGCAAAGGCGGCACCAAGAAGGAUACCAAAAUGAGGAUACGGGCCUUUCCUAUGACAAUGGAUGAAAAGUAUGUCAACAACAUCUGGGACCUUCUGAAAAAUGCCAUCCAAGAGAUUCAGAGGAAAAAUAACAGCGGCCUCAGCUUUGAGGAACUCUAUAGGAAUGCCUACACCAUGGUGCUUCACAAACAUGGAGAGAAGCUGUACACUGGUCUGCGGGAGGUUGUCACUGAACAUCUCAUUAACAAAGUACGGGAAGAUGUCCUGAACUCGUUAAACAAUAAUUUCCUCCAAACAUUAAAUCAGGCCUGGAAUGACCAUCAGACAGCAAUGGUGAUGAUCAGAGAUAUUCUAAUGUACAUGGACCGUGUGUAUGUACAGCAGAACAAUGUAGAGAAUGUCUACAACCUGGGUCUUAUCAUCUUUAGGGAUCAGGUGGUUCGCUAUGGCUGCAUUAGAGACCACCUACGACAGACCCUUCUAGACAUGAUUGCACGCGAGAGGAAGGGGGAGGUUGUGGACAGGGGGGCCAUUAGAAAUGCCUGCCAAAUGUUAAUGAUUCUUGGCCUUGAAGGAAGGUCUGUUUAUGAAGAAGAUUUUGAGGCACCUUUCUUAGAAAUGUCUGCAGAAUUUUUCCAGAUGGAGAGCCAAAAGUUCCUUGCAGAAAACAGCGCCAGUGUGUACAUAAAGAAGGUGGAAGCUAGGAUCAAUGAGGAGAUUGAGCGAGUGAUGCAUUGCUUAGAUAAAUCUACAGAGGAGCCCAUUGUCAAGGUAGUGGAAAGGGAGCUCAUCUCAAAACACAUGAAGACCAUAGUAGAGAUGGAAAACUCAGGCCUGGUCCACAUGCUCAAGAAUGGCAAAACAGACGAUUUAGCAUGCAUGUACAAGCUGUUCAGCAGAGUUCCCAACGGGCUGAAGACCAUGUGUGAGUGUAUGAGCUCGUACCUGCGGGAACAAGGCAAAGCUCUUGUGUCAGAAGAGGGAGAAGGAAAGAAUCCUGUAGACUAUAUCCAGGGCUUGCUAGACCUGAAGUCCCGAUUUGACCGUUUCCUCCAGGAGUCCUUCAAUAAUGACCGGCUCUUCAAACAAACUAUUGCCGGCGACUUUGAGUACUUUCUUAACCUGAACUCUCGUUCUCCAGAGUAUCUCUCACUAUUCAUUGAUGACAAACUGAAGAAAGGAGUAAAAGGGCUGACGGAGCAGGAGGUGGAGUCUAUACUGGACAAGGCCAUGGUGCUGUUCCGCUUCAUGCAGGAGAAGGAUGUGUUUGAAAGGUACUACAAGCAGCACCUGGCCCGCAGGCUGCUCACUAACAAGAGUGUCUCUGAUGACUCUGAAAAAAACAUGAUCUCAAAGCUCAAGACGGAGUGCGGCUGUCAGUUCACCUCUAAAUUGGAGGGCAUGUUCCGGGAUAUGAGCAUCUCCAACACCACCAUGGAUGAGUUUAGACAACAUCUACAGACAACUGGGGUCUCACUUGGAGGCGUUGAUCUCACUGUGAGAGUCCUGACCACAGGAUAUUGGCCAACACAAUCAGCAACACCAAAGUGCAAUAUUCCCCCUUCACCGCGACAUGCGUUUGAAGUCUUCAGAAGGUUUUACCUUGGUAAGCACAGUGGCAGACAACUCACACUGCAGCACCAUAUGGGAUCUGCAGAUCUAAACGCCACCUUCUACGGUCCCAUCAAAAAGGAGGAUGGGUCAGAGGUUGGAGUGGGAGGAGCCCAGGUGACAGGUUCCAACACUAGGAAACACAUCCUGCAGGUGUCCACUUUCCAGAUGACGAUCCUGAUGCUUUUCAACAAUAGGGAGAAGUCCACUUUUGAGGAGAUCCAGCAAGAGACGGAUAUUCCAGAAAGGGAGCUGGUUCGAGCGCUGCAGUCUCUGGCCUGUGGGAAGCCUACACAGAGAGUACUCACUAAGGAGCCUAAAUCCAAGGAGAUUGAGAAUGGCCACGUGUUUACAGUCAAUGAUCAGUUUACUUCUAAACUGCAUCGUGUCAAGAUCCAGACAGUGGCUGCUAAACAGGGGGAGUCAGACCCAGAGAGGAAGGAGACGAGGCAGAAAGUGGACGACGACAGAAAACAUGAAAUUGAAGCUGCCAUCGUUCGCAUCAUGAAGUCUAGAAAGAAGAUGCAGCACAAUGUCCUAGUUGCAGAGGUCACGCAGCAGCUUCGAGCACGAUUCCUUCCUAGUCCUGUAGUCAUCAAGAAGCGCAUUGAAGGACUCAUUGAGAGGGAAUAUUUGGCACGAACACCAGAGGAUCGCAAAGUAUACACUUACGUAGCGUAAAACGUGAAUUUGGUGAAAGUUAACAUCAAGUUGUGAGCAAAAAUGAAAGCCUUUUUGGUGGACUGAUAUGCAUUCGAAUGAACUUGGAAGUGCUUUCAGUAUUGAUUCUGGGAAACACUGGGAAGCUUAAUUCUCCUUCCAAUAAAAUGUGUAGAAAUCAUGCAACAGAUGGGGAAGUUUUCUAGCAAAGUUAGAUUUCUUCCACUAAAGUAAAAUGAGGGGGAUCUAGUUUUGUAUUAAAUUGAGUUGGCAGAGGGACAUGGCCUUUGAGGACUAUUGGGUGAACCUGUUUGCCCACAAAUGAUGCGCCGUUGAGGACGAGCGCAAACAUUUUAAAGCAAAUGCUACAUGGAGACCAAGACAACAUUUGAAUUCACUCCCCUGUUUUAAAUAUUGAUGUCAAUGUGUUAUGUUUGUGUUUUGUGGCACAAUGAUGACUGUACAGGUUGACGAAACACUCUUGGCCUUUUCCUCCCAGAGGAUUGAUUUUUAGAAGAGGACAAGGUGUAAACUGGUACAGACCUGGGUUACAACAGCAGUAAAAUAUGUUUUAAGUACUUGAGCAAACAUAACAAAGCUUAAUUUAUGUUGCAAAUAUGUCUGUUUGAAGCCCUUUCCGAUAUUUUGGCCAGGUCUGUACUGGUGGUUAGAGAGAUCAAGAGCUGUAGCUUCACAGCAUGCUUUUAUUUAGUGGAUCGAUCAGGGGAAAGACAAAUAUAAAAACUCCAUCAAUGGUGUUUGGUCUCUCGUGACACAUUUUUCACUUCCGGCCUGCUGUAUGAUUGGCCGAUGAAUCAUUUCCUCGCUUAGAACGGAAGGUUCUUUGUGGUGCAGGUUUCAAAGAGGACUUUUUUUUCAAUCUUGACUGCAUUUUGAACCAGUGGAACCAGUUUAGCACCAUGUUCCAAUGUGUACAAAUUGUAAAAUAAUUAUUGUACUCACUGUGAAGGUGGAUUGUACAGGGCCUUGUUUUCAUCAUAUUAAAUGUAGAGGUAAAAAAAUA